CAGCGAGAUUUGUUUGAACAGGAUACACCACAAGAAGAAAAAAACUUUUAAAGCUUUCAGGUCAGAGCUUGCGCCAUUUGACAACGAAAAAAUGAAGUUGUUUUUAUUUAUCACAUGGAUGAUACAACAUUUGAUCGUAACGGCUGGGGAAAACACCACCGAGUCUGAUUUUCUCGUCAACCUGAACUCUUUGAACAUCAAAGAGGAAUUGGGACAUGUUCCAGAACCUGAAAGUGACAAUGAAGAAAGCAUUCAUGGAAUUAGAAACAGAUACUUUCGAGUCCAGCGAGCAUUGGAAGCCAUUCUUAAACGUCCCAUUCAUGGAUCGAGGCCAUUGGCAAUCAAUCCAGGUGCUCUUAUUAAAGAUACCACUUUUAGACAAGUCGAAAAUGUCAUUACAACUCCACCAAAACUAUUGAAUAAAACUGAACCUACUGAACCUACAAAGAAAAUUCGAGCUCACACGACUGUACGUCCGUAUUCAAUGUUGACCAUGUUGAGCCGUAGAGUGGCGACAAUUUUGAAAAAAAUUUCAACAAAGGCUUACAGUGAGAACAUUACUUCAACUACAGUGAAUAAUUUUGGUGCAACUAUAACAACCAAGAAACCGAAUACAACGACUCCGUAUGUUAGUAACACCACUACAAAAGUGACAACAGAAAAAAUCUCUUCAGCUUCUACACAAAGAAAAGAUAGUACCGUUAAAAUAUUGAAAUCAACAACUCAUAAAGAGUCUAUUGCCCCAACUGCUACAACCCAUACUGAUGAAACAACAACUACAACAACAACCACAACCACUAUGAAACCAAUUUCAUCUGAGUAUCAUACAGCUACCACAAAUCGUUUGUCGUCAACAGAGCAAAUACCAACAGCUUUAAUCCAGCCUGAAGAUAUUAUCAUUAAUCUCUUGUUUGUUGUAGAUCUGUCUAGGGUUAUAAACCUCCAGCUGAGAGCCUGUGUCUACAUCCUGAAAAUGGAUGUUUUCUAUCGAAUGAAAAAAGAAAAGUUUUUGUAAACUAAAAAAAUAAAAAGUUUUGAUAUCAAUUUUGUGUUUGAACUUAGAUAGGCCCUAAGCACAAUCAAGUACAUAUAAAAGUCUAUAACUAUGUUAUAAAGGUAAAAUACUUAUAUGAGAAAAAAAUUGUAUAAAACAAAAGGAUUGACAUGAGGUGGAUGCUGUUAAAAAGAUGAUUUAACAUUUGCUAAACUAAGACAAAAAAUAUAAUAGAUUUUGUUUUUGCAUAAUAAAGUCUU